ACAUUUGCCUCCAGAGAGGGGAACACGUUACAUUGGACAAGUUAUCAACAAGUUAUUCUGAAGUGUCAUUUGCAGGUUUUACACUGUAAAAACAAAAAUAAAUGACAAAUAUCUAUGGGAACACAAGGUGGGGACCUGAGUGUGUGUGAGAGCUGAUGUCGGAGGGACGUGUGUGUGAUCUGGAGCACGGCAGCGGGCCCUCUCUCCUCUUGGCUCCUGUUCCAGCUCCGGUCCUCCUGCCUCAGCCCUGCGCAGUCCUCCGACAGCAGCGCCACUGGCUGCAGGGAUAUCCCGGUGAGAGGGGAGGCAGCUCGGGGUGAAGGAUUCAAAUAACUUCACUGAUAUCCGUCAUGAGGUGAAGCAUAUAGCGAAUCAACCUUCACUCGAAUACAAAGACUCGGAUGUUGCUGCCAUGUGCCACACUCACGCCCGAAGCAGACGAAAAACUGAGCCCAAACUCCUUUUGGCAACUUUCUACCCUCUGAUUCAGGACACAUUCAGUGCCUCUCCUCGAAGACUCUCAGACCUUUACCACCAGAGUGUGUCCACUCAUACCCCCCCCAUCCAGCAGCAACUUUCUCAUCCUCUCACAGGACUGGCUGUGCUGGCAGUAAGGUUCAUUCACAAAUGUCUACCUCACGAUUAAAAGAGCCCUCUCCAACACGUCGACCCUGAACAGGACACAAAAUGACCUCCAGCAUUGACAGGGAUGACAGUAGUAUCUUUGAUGGGUUAAUGGAAGAAGAUGAAAAGGACAAAGCAAAACGUGUGUCGCGUAACAAGUCUGAGAAGAAACGCAGAGACCAGUUCAAUGUCCUCAUCAAGGAGCUCGGUACAAUGUUGCCGGGUAACACCCGAAAAAUGGACAAGUCCACUAUUUUGCAGAAGAGCAUUGACUUUCUGCACAAACACAAGGAAAUUGCUGCUCAGUCUGAGUCAACUGAGAUCAGACAAGACUGGAAGCCUCCUUUUCUUAGUAAUGAAGAGUUCACUCAGCUGAUGUUAGAGGGAUUGGAUGGAUUUUUCCUUGCAAUUAUGACUGAUGGGAAUAUAAUCUAUGUCUCUGAGAGUGUGACAUCCCUUCUAGAACAUUUACCUUCUGAUCUUGUUGAUCAGAACCUGUUGAACUUCCUGCCCAUGGGGGAGCAUUCAGAUGUGUACAAGGCCCUGUCCUCUCACAUCAUGGAGGGAGAGACGCUGACACCUGAAUAUCUGAAGACCAAAAAUCAGCUAGACUUCUGUUGCCACAUGCUCCGAGGGACUAUCGACCCUAAAGAGCCCCCUGUGUACGAAUACGUCAAGUUCAUUGGAAACUUCAAGUCCCUGAAAAAUGUGCCUAACUGUACCCGAAACGGGUUUGAAGGAGUGAUCCAGCGAUCACUUCACUCUGCCUUUGAAGACAGAGUGUGUCUCAUUGCAACUGUGAGACUUGCCAAACCACAGUUUAUUAAGGAGAUGUGCACUGUAGAUGAGCCUAAUGAGGAAUUCACCUCCAGACACAGUUUAGAGUGGAAAUUUCUCUUCUUGGACCACAGAGCUCCACCCAUCAUAGGUUACCUCCCGUUUGAGGUCCUGGGUACAUCAGGGUAUGACUACUACCAUGUAGAUGACCUGGAGACACUGGCCAAGUGCCAUGAACACUUAAUGCAAUACGGCAAAGGAAAGUCCUGCUACUACAGAUUCCUCACAAAAGGGCAGCAGUGGAUUUGGCUUCAGACUCACUACUACAUAACCUACCACCAGUGGAACUCCAGACCAGAGUUUAUUGUCUGCACACACACUGUUGUAAGUUAUGCUGAAGUAAGAGCAGAACAGCGCAGAGAACUUGGAAUUGAAGAAUCUCCACCGGAGUUUACAGCAGAUAAGCAGUCCCAGGUUUCAGGCUCCGAGUCCCAGCUCAACACUUCCAGUCUGAAGGAGGUUUUGGAGCGCUUCGACCAUAGCCGGACGCCCUCGCUCUCAUCUCGCAGCUCACGCAAAUCAUCACACACCGCUGUGUCUGAGCCAGUCUCAUCACAGAUGAAGCUGCAGGGGGAUAGGAGUACACCAGGUCGCCAAUCUGUCUCUGCCAUGGAGAUGACAUCACCACGAAGAUCAUCUAUCAGCAGUCAGCAUUCGAUGAGCUCCCAAAAUACUGGACAGAACAUGACUCCAUCCAUGGUUUCUCAACAACAACAACAACAACAACAACAACAGCAGCUGCAGCAGCAACAACAACAACAACAACAACAACAGCAGCAGCAACAACAGCAGCAGCAACAGCAGCAGCAGCAACAGCAGCAGCAGCAACAGCAGCAGCAGCAGCAGCAGCAACAGCAGCCUCAACAGCAACCAGUUCAGAACAAUGUACAAUCAAUGGUGCAGUUCUCCAGCCAGUUAGAAACCAUGCAUCACCUGAAAGAGCAGUUGGAGCAGAGGACCAGGAUGAUUGAGUCCAACAUUCAGCGGCAGCAGGAUGAGCUGCGGGAGAUUCAGGAGGAGCUGCAGAGGGUGCAGGGACAGAGCCUGCAGAUGUUCUUUCAGAAAGGAGCUGGAGGACUGAAUCUUGGCUCUGUUCAGAUGGCCCAGGGGAACACUUUGCAGCAGGGGGGGAUGCUCAGCAUGCAUGGCCAAGUGGUCUCUGCUGGGCCUUUACAGAACAACAUAAAGCAACAACAUGCCAUCCAGCCCCAGUCCCAGCAACAAACACUCCUGCGGGAACAGAGCUCAGCACUCUCUCAGUCUCAGCGGUCAUCUCUCACCCUGCAGCCUCAACAGAAUCCUCUGCCUGUGUCUCUCUAUAACACAAUGAUGAUCCCUCAACAAAGCCCUGCUAAUGUUGUCCAGAUUGCUACCAGCCUGGCACAGAACACUGGACCCAACACUCCUGCAGUGGCAACAUUUGCACAGGACCGUGCUGCUCAGAUAAGGUUUCCUGCUGCUCCUCAGCUACUCACCAAGCUAGUGACAGGACAGAUGGCAUGUGGGGCAGUCAUGGUCCCCACAACCAUGUUUAUGGGCCAAGUGGUGACGGCCUUCGCCCCUCAGCAGGGCCAGACGCAGACCAUCAGCAUCUCCCAGCAGCCUCCACCACAGCAGCAGCAGCAACAGCAGCAGCAGCAGCAGCAACAGCAGCAACAGCAGCAGCAGGAACAGCAGGUACAGCCGCAGUCACAGGUCACAGCCAUGCAGCCUGGGCAGGCUCCACUGGCCCAACAGCAAACACAGUUCCUACAGGCUUCCCGACUUCUUCAUGGAAACCAGUCCACCCAGUUGAUCCUGCAGGCUGCGUUCCCUUUGCAGCAGCAAGGAACCUUUGCUGCCGCAACCCAGCAGCAGCAACAACAGUUACAGCAUCAACAACAGCUACAGCAUCAACAGCAGCAACAGCAGAAGCAGUUACAACAGCAGAAACAGCAACUGGCUCCUCACAGAGCAGAUAGUUUGUCUGACCGCUCCACUACGCAGCCACAGUAGCUGGCUACAGCCAAUCAGAAGUGGAUUGGGACAAAAAUCAAGGUGGGGGUGUUUUUGUGAUGGCAGUCUCAAGAGGGGUUCUGCUGAAAGUGCAACCCUGAGACCAUGCCUCAUUUGUAAGUGACUGGGUGGGCAGACUGAGGCUUCCCUCCCUCACAAGGAUUGUUUGCUGUUUGCACUGAUCUCCUGGGCACAAAGUGCUACCAAGAAGAGAACUCAGGACUGUGCUAGCUGCGGCUCUGGCAGUUUGCUUUGUCUCUGGUUUGAAGCCUUUUCUCCAAGAAAACGGGGAGCCAUGUUUUCCUGUAUUGGACGUCCCCCUGUACCCCUCCCCCAGCCCUCUUGUUGUGUGUUUAUUGCGUGUGUGUAUGUGGGUAUGUGUUUGCGGGAGCUUGUGUGUGCGUGCACUCUAGUCACCCUCACAGGAUUAUUUUAUGCAGAGCUCACCAGUUAAUGCAGUGAAGCUUCAAUCAGAGCUUCAAGGACGUCCUUCUAAACAGCCCACGGCUUGUUUGUUUUGGAUGUUUUCUCCUAUUCUUGUUCUUUGUGUAAAAAUAAUUAUGGGUCAGAAAAUAUUUUUAAGAAUGUGUUGUAGACUGAACUUUUACUGUACAGAACAUCAUGUGUAAUAUAUACUGUAAAUAUAUUGAAAAAGAAAGAACUAAUAUUUUAUAUGAUGCAUGAAAUGAAAUGCAUAGUCUGUUAUUUACAGCUUUGAAUAUGCUUUUUUUCUAGUCCUCAGAAAAAAAGAUCUUAAAUGCUCAGUGGCUGAUAUUUUCACAGGCUUCCUUUCUCCUAGGGGAUGUGUUUGUUUGUGUGUCUGCAUAGCAGACAGUGUUGAUGCUGCUUGUUGUGUCACAGUUUGUUUAAUCCUUGACCCAUAUUUUCACACAAUUUCAUAAAACUGUCAAAAGUGAUACACGUUUCAAAAUUCAGCUUGAUACACACAUUGUGAAUGAAAUAAAUGCUACCAAGGUCAAGCUAAACAUGCAACAGUAAGAUUGCCAGCCUAAUACUUCAUAUAUAU